AUGCUGAAGCUGCUGCCUGACUCAGACACAGACAAGGGCGACGGCCACCUCAAGAAAACUCUUCUGGUGGACCUGUUGGCGCCCACGUUGACGUCAUUUUUCCGCAAAAGAAAGAGAUCGGCGUCUUCGUCCGACCUGGACAGGCACAACUCAUCUGAUCUGGGCAGCGACUCUGACCUGGACGAAGCCAGUGUUAAGAAGCGGAAGGUGGAGAAGUCCAAGGCCCAGGAAGAGUUUGAGAGAAGAGAUAAGCAGUACGAGGCGGAAUUGCCCGAACAUCUUCGCAAGUUCAGGCCCAAGGGUCACAAAUUCAACCUUCCUCCUACCGAUCGGCCGGUGAGAAUCUAUGCCGACGGUGUGUUCGACUUGUUCCACUUGGGCCACAUGCGCCAGUUGGAGCAGGCGAAGAAGAGCUUUGAAAACGUCGAAUUGGUGUGUGGUAUUCCCUCAGACAAGGAAACCCACAAGCGAAAGGGGCUCACGGUGCUUACCGACAAACAGAGAAUUGAUACCCUCAAGCAUUGCCGUUGGGUAGACGAGGUGAUCCCCGAUGCUCCGUGGUGUGUUACUGCUGAUUUCUUGUUGAAGCACAAGAUCGACUACGUGGCUCAUGACGACUUGCCGUACGCCUCUGCUGACUCUGACGAUAUUUACAAGCCCAUCAAGGAGCGAGGCAUGUUCUUGACCACCCAGAGAACCGAAGGCAUCUCAACGUCCGACAUCAUCACCAAGAUCAUCAGAGACUACGACAAGUAUUUGAUGAGAAACUUCGCUCGUGGCGCCACGAGAAAAGAGCUCAAUGUGUCGUGGUUGAAGAAAAACGAGUUGGACUUCAAGAAACACAUCAACGACUUCAGAACCUACUGGGUGCGCAACAAGGCCAACAUCAACAAUGUUUCCAAAGAUCUCUAUUUCGAAGUGAGAGAGUACCUCAGAGGCAAAAAAUCAGAGCUUCCAUUUAAUCUUGCUAAUCAUUUGCCCCACAGCAACAGCACCCCUAGUCUCGUGAGCGACCUGGACGAAGCCUCGCGUGGGUCGAGUCCCUUGACGGAGUUUGCCUCCAAAUACAUUGUCAACAAAAACGAGAAACCAGGGCGCCUGCUAUUCAAAGGGUUCAACCUCAAUAGCUGGAUUUCCAGAGACGAGUCGCACAAUGAGGAGUCGGCCGAGGAAAGGAAAAGCAACUCCAGUGCCAGCAUGAAAACGACGAUGCUGGCGCCAGCGGCACCUCUUCUGCCCCGCAAGAUCAAGAGACCCAGAUCAAGAAAGCAGCAUUAG